AUGGUGGUGACCUUAACUAAAUUACAGAGAUUACAGAAAGAGGAGAAAUCCAAGACUUUCAAGCCUUUGAUUGAUGGACUAAUUCAGUGUUCUGAAGAAGAAUUCGUUUACAAACUAUCAAAAUUUACAGAAUGGGAUUGUUCAAAAGAUGAUCUUUAUGUUUGGAUCCCCGUUUUAGAUCGGAUGGAUGGUAUAUUGAGUGGGUUAGUGGAGAAAUACAAGUACAAGACAGAUGACUGGAAGAAGCAUCCAGUCAAAUUGCUGGAGAUGUCAGAAACAGAUGAGCAUUUGACGUUUGAGAUUUUAUCGUUCACGUGCCGUCUAUUGAAUAAUACCUCUAACCGCUACCUAUACUCUUCACUUGAUGUUAUGAGCCAUUUGCUGAGCUGCCCUAACUUUAGGAUUAAGCUAGGAACGAUGAAAGUUAUUGCUACUAUUGGGGAAAGGCAUGUCAUUGCUCGGCAUAGGAUUGAAAGCUCUAGUGUCUUGGCUAGCCAACAAUUGAAGAAAAUGUGCUUAAGUCUUGCACGAUAUCCCCCUUCAGCGACUACUGACGAUAGUUCUCAGCAUUUUUCGUUGGUAGAUCUCUUUUUCGAUAAAAGGAAAUACCCUUCUAAAUGGUCUAGUUUACAAUACACAUAUUUCAUCACGAAGAAGCAAAACGCACAGCAGUUUUCUCAGAAGCAAAAUCAAGUCUCAUCAACUAAGCUUUUCGUUUUAUCUAACCAGGAGCUCAAGUCUUUAACUCUACAGCAGAUAUUUGACAAGGCCAUGGAGGAGUUGCCUUCCGAGUUCUGGUUUGAAUUUUCGUUACACGCAACAAUUGCGAAGGCCUUCAGCGAAGAUUCAAUUGAGAACAUCAGAUUAAGGGAGUUAAUCAUCCAAACAAAGUUCUGCGCAAUUGCGUUUGUCAAUGCGAUUUAUAUCCCCCCACAAGUCAGCUCUAAGCUGUUUGAAAUGGAUUCAUACGCCUUCAAUAACCUAACUGAUUUCAUUCCAUUAUCCGAAACAAAAAUUCCCAGGGAUCUCAGAAAUGAUGCCUUAUUUGCAUUAGAGUGUAUUUCAUUAAAGCACGUAUGGUGUUCAGAUAUCGUUCGGAAUUUAGGUGGUAAUAUGUCUCACGGUCUCUUGUUCCAAAUCUUGCGUUACAUAGCCAAAGUGAUAAGGGAAGAUCUUUCAGAUGAAGUGGACGAGGAGUACAAUGUUAGAUUUUUUUACCUGAUUUCCAAUUUAGCAGAUGUUAAGUCGUUACAAGAGUCCUUGGUAUCUGCUGGAUUAAUAUCCUGUUUACUGGAGAUUAUAUCUGUUCAAAAUAACAAGUACAAACGAACGCUAGCUUCUGCAGGACACCUUCUAGAAGAUGUCAUUGGCGAUGUCGAUGCUACCGCCGAAUUUAUCAACAAUAAUGGUUUCCAUAUAUUGAUUGAGACAGUUACCAAUGAGGUUAACUUUGCAUUGGACCACCCCGAAUUCGGUAACCCACCGAAAUAUUCUGUGGUUUAUUACUCGAUAUCAUUUAGGCAACUUGGGUUCAUCAGAAGCUUAUUAAAAUUAGUGUUGAAACUCCUAAAAGCUGAUUCAGGCGAUAGGAUUAGGAACCUCAUUGAUUCUCCAAUAUUAUUGGCGUUUAACAAAAUCCUGGACAAUAGACCUGUUUUUGGAUAUACGCUAGUUUCCCACGCAUUGGACGUAGUCCAAACCAUAAUAAAUACUGAACCUACCAUCUAUCAAGUCCUAGUUGAGUCGGGUACUGUUCCAUACAUAUUGAACAAUUUCGAACAAUUCUUGGGUCCUACCAGUGAUUUGCUGUGUAUGUUACCUGAGGUUAUCUCUGCCAUAUGCUUGAAUACUGAUGGCUUAAAGCAAGUGAAGGAGAAGAAUUUGCUAAAAUAUCUAUUCCAAGCCAUAAAAACUCCAGAGUUUGCUAAAAUUUUAUCAUGGGAAGAUCAAGCAGUGAAUUAUGGUGUUGCGCUUGAUGAACUGGCAAGACACUACCCUGAACUAAAACCUGCCAUUGAGGACUACUUGGCAUCUACGAUAAAAGAAAUACCGUCACUUACGAACUUUUCUCAUGUGUACUUAUACGAUUCCACUACAAAUGCAGAUAUAUUCUACCGAUCUGAACAUGAGGAGAUUAUUGAAAACGAACCUAAUUCCAGUGAAAUUGCAUUUUGGGAGGUGCAGGAUUCUACUCCUAUAAUUGACUGUUUUUCAGGUGUUUUCUACUCUAUGGCAUCAGAAAAUGUCUCUUGGGCAAAUCUAACGGAGAAGAUUACAUUCCAGGAUUUCUUACGCGUUGUCAUUCCUGAAAGGCCUACUUUCGAUUAUAUCAACUCUCAAACGCUCCUGAAUUUUACCGAUGUUCUGAAAAUGUUUGACGACGAGCGUCGUUCUUAUGCACUACCAGAAUUAUUGAAGGCAUUAGAUUCAAAAUUAACUGAGGUUGAGGAUUUUCUUUCGUAUGAUUUUGAGAAGUCAUAUAUUUUGGAAAGGGAAAGAUCUGAGGUAGAAACUACCCUUCAGAAACUGCAUGUUCUGGAUGUUAUACUUUACAUCAUCACUGAUAUAUAUGUCAACAUUACUACCUUAUUCCCAGUUAGAGUUAUCCAAAUUAUGGAGUUCUUCGAAAAGCAUGAAUUUCAACUAAUCACAAAAUUGCGGAAAUUGUUUCAAAGAUGUGCACUUGAAGAAAUGUACAUCAGGGGCAAAUUACCUGGUUCGGUUGCAGAGGAGACUGUGUCUCCAUCAAUUAGUUUUGUUCCACCAAUUUUAAUACAUAAAGACACACCUCUUAAAACGGAGGCUAAGCAAGACAAGACUUCUGCAAAAUUCAAAAACACAUUGGAGGUAAGGCAUCUUUUACAAAAAUCUCAAUCCUGGAUCUCUAUGUUAUUCCGUUGCUUCCUACGCUUAACACAUGCCAGGAAAAUGAAUGUUGAGCGAUAUGAUCGUGCUCUUGAAGUACGCAUAUUCAAUACGGUUGUUUCGGAGAUCAUUCAAAUGUUGGACUUGAAGUACUUAAAAUCUCAUUUGGCCUAUUUCUUAGUCGUUCUCGAUUUCAAUACGCAUAUUUUUACCUGUCCUAAGGCUUCUUUGAACAUGUCAGAUGGUGUAAUACAGACGAUUCCCGCAUUCCUUUUCUAUCAGGAAGGCGGUUUUAAAAUAUACCAUGAAAUGAUUAAAAUACUGUCCAAGAACAUUUUGAGUUUUCAAAGCAUAGAGUCAAUAGAGCAAAUUCAUUAUAUUAAAGACCAAGAUGAUGUUUUAACAGUUAGUGUAUUGAUGAACGCCAUGUCAUUUAUGAACAGGUGUAUACAGCUGGAAACUAUGGAAAAUGUCCGUUCUAUUACUGAAUAUUAUCCAUAUGAUGAAAUUUCAUACAAUGUAACUCGUGCAUUGGUCAUUCCUGUCAAAAUUCUGGCCUUAGGCGCUAUAUCAGAGAUAUUUGAGCAAGGAGAAGUGUUCGACAAGGAGAGGAGAAGAAUCCCUUAUUCUGUUUUCAAACAAAUACUGAAUUUAUUGAAAAAUAUCUACAAUAGUACUUUUGAAAUAGAAGAUGAAAAGGAUGUCUAUGAAUUACGUUGGGACCUGAUGCCUGUAUCUCAUAGAAAGGUGCAGAUGCUAAAGGCUUGUGGCAUGUCAAAUGAUGUAGCAAUAGGGUAUUUGGAAGAAGAAAAGGAUGAGCUUCCAAUCCAUGUAAAGCCGGACGUUUUUUCAGAAGAUGAAUGGAGAAAAUACCAAGAGGAAAAGAGUAGCGGAAGAUGGGUAACAGAUAUACAACCCCUGCUUCCACAGUACAAAGAUAUCUCAACAAGAGAGGGAUUGUCGAAUAUGAGAAUCGACUUUUACCAAAACGGGUUUGAGGCUGGUAUUUUGAAUAUCAUACAGCAUUAUUCCAAAUUCAUCAAUGCAAUUUCUCAUAUGUUUUUUGAAAUUUACGGAGAGCUAGAGUUUCCUCACACUAGUAUGUUGGAUGAUCUUCAGGAGAUAAUGAACGGUAUUUCUAUUGAGGAUUCCAAUAGGCUGGCGCCUGUUAUUCAUUUAUUUGGUAUAUUCUUGAAUGAUAAAAAUAUAUAUGGCCAAGCAAAGAAGCAAAUUUUCAAAUUUGUGCAGUAUCUCUCCAAGUGCCUACAUGCAGAAUAUGUCAAUUACAGUUGGUUUUCAAAAGCUCUUUACGCUUACGAGAUCAUUUUUGCCAAAUCCGAAGCACCAGAACCAUCCCCAUUGCCUGAAAAUGUAACAAUUUCUUUUACACCUGUGCCAAUUGUUUACAAGGUUACUCGUGCGGAAAAAGAUGCUAUCUUCAAUUCUUUGAUUCGUGUUAAUGAAAUAACCGACUUCUAUUCUGCACUUGCCAUAUGCAGAGUCUUGAUUCUGUAUACACGCGAUGAACAAUAUGCUCAAGAAGUUAUCCAAUCUGGAAUUUUAUCACAACUUUUAAAGGUUAUCGGCAGCAACCAGAAGUAUGCUAAAAUAAAUUAUUUGGAAUCUUCUUACUUGUUACUUGCUCGGAGAUGUUUUGAGACUACCGAGAUUGUCUCCAACAUAAUUGAAUAUGAAAUAUCAAGAGCAUUCACUACUAGAGCGAUUGGUGAUCAUAAAGAAAAAACUAGAGACCUUCCCGGAUUGGUUUCAGAAAAGGCUAGCGCAGUAAUGAGAAAUCCAGAAAUUUUUGUGACUCGAAUUUCAGAAACUGCAAGGUUUGAGCAAUUUGCUUCUCCUUCUGAAUUAGAAUCUCUUUAUGUUAAAAGACAUUUGGAAGAGAAAGAUGAAGUAAUGGACGAUUCGCAAUCUUCUGAGAAGAAUAACACACAGAUGACCGGAAUUGUUCAUUUACUGUUAUCACAAUUAAUGGCAGCUCAUAAAAAAGAUUGGAUUUCCGAGCCACCGUUAACUCCUGAGGAAGAAAAGCAGAUGAACAGGAAGAGGAAAGACGAAGUUAAGGUUUCUAGGAAUCCUGUUUGUGCAUAUAUGAUUUUCCUUCUCAAAGUGUUAACAGAAUUGGUUGGUAGUUACAAGCAGAGCAAAUUUGAGUUCGUGACUUACAAUAAGAAAAACAUUUACAAUGAGGCCCCAAAGCCAAAGGCCACUGCUUUGAAUUUCUUCUUGUAUCAGUUAUUGGAUAUUAAUACUCAGGAUAUGGAUAAAUAUGAGAGCAAGAGAAGAGAGGUUAUUAGCACUUGUGCUAGGGAUGUAAUCAUCGGCUUUGUCUCCACUGUGCAAGAUAAAGAAACUAAGAAGUUGGAUCCAAAAGUGGUCGAUCCCGAUAUGACUUACAUCAGAAAGUUCACAAUCGAGGCUAUUGCCAAGGUCUUAAAGGAGGCGAGUGUAUCGCCAAAAAGUAUCGAUGCUAAUGUCGGAAAACUCUUUGGGUGGUUCCACUUGACUUCUUCUUUGUUGGUAGUUGACAAAGGUUACUUAUUUUCAGUUCUAGACCCUAACAAAGCUGCCAAUGACAAGUACCAAAUUUGCAAAUUUUUGAUUGAAAUGAAUAUACCCGGAACCAUUACUGACUGUAUGGCUUCUUUAGAUUUAAACUAUCCAUUAACCAAGAAGUUAUUCAAUAGCGCGGUAGAACCUUUAAAUGCAAUCAAUGAAGUAAGAAGUAACUUCGCUGAUCUUUUCAAAGUUGAGAAUAAUGAAGAUGAAGAUGUUGAUGACGUGGAGUCUGACAAGGAAGAACUACCUGAUAUGUUUAAAAAUUCUGCACUAGGAAUGUACGAUAUUGAAGAUGUUGAAGACGACCAUGAUGAUGAAAAUGAAUCUCUCAUUGGUGAUGAUGAUGAUAUUGCUUUUGUUGAUGACGACGGUAUCCAAGUUGUCUUCAGUGAAGACGAAGUUCUAAACGAUGAGAGUUCAUGUGACAGUGACGGUGAUCAAAAUAUUUCGGAUAAUAUUAGUUUUGAGACCAAUGGGAAUAAUGGUACCUUGGAAGUCUACUCGGGAUCAGAAAGAGGAAGUUCAGCAGUGGAUGGCAGUGAUAUUGAACUGUUGAGUGAAAAUACUGGCGAAGAAAGUUACUAUACACAGGGCGAGGAUUCAGAAGGUUUGGAAUUGUAUGAUGAAGAAUAUGAUUCUGAUCUUGAUAUUGAAAUGAGUCAGUCUGAUUCGAGUUCUUCAGAUUGGGAAUCUGGCCUUUCAGACCUUUCAGACUCAGAGGCGUAUUCAGAGGAAGAACGUACUGCUAAUACUCGUGACGGUUUUGUUAGAUGGUUCAGUGAUGAUGGUGUGGAAUUUGAAGAUGAUUCGGAUAGCGAAGGGAGAGGCUUAUUUACUGGCAUUCAACAUGUAUUUCCAAAUGAAGAACAGCUGUUCAGAGUCCAUGCUGGAAAUCCUCUCCGUUCAAACGGCAGACAUCAUCAUCGUAAUCACGCAACUAUGCCUUUCUCAACGUCUACUAUUACCCUUGGAGCUUCACAACGAAGACCUCAUAGUAUUCUAUCAAAUCCUUUGGGACCAUCUGGGCUUGAAGAAGUCGAAAAUGAUAUUGCCUCUCAUUAUUUAGGAUCAUACGAAUCAGGAGAUAGAACUGGUCUGAAUGCAGCUUCGAGAUUGCCAAGGGUGUUGCUAUUUGACGGUGAAUUCUUCGAUGAAAAAACCUCAACUGGGCUUGUUUUGAAAUCUACGAUGGCAAGGUGGAACGACAUUUAUGAGAUGUUCUACGACUCGAAAAUUUACACUAACAAUGUUGUAACAACAAUUAUUUCUAGGAUAUUCGAGCCUAGUGUCGCACUACACUUGAAAAAGCAAGAGAAGGAAAGACAAGAGAGACUAUCUCAAAUUGAUAAUACCGAAUCGCCAAAGGGUAUAGAAGAUAGGAAGCGUAAGUUAGAUGAAAUUGAUUCAGAUGAAGAACAUGAAGACCAAGCUGAAGAUGCUGAAGACGCUGAAGACGCGGAAGAUGUCGAAGAGGAACAAGAAAACCAGGAGCUAGUUGAAAAUGACGUCGAAACAGCAGCAGACACAUCUUCACUACAACCAAUAUACGUUACAAUAGAAGGUGCACCGGUUAAUAUUGCUGGAACGGAUAUGGAUGCUGAAUUUUUGAAUGCUUUACCUGAUGAUAUGAGAUCUGAAGUCUUUGCGCAACAUAUCAGGGAAUAUAGAGCACAGUCUAAUGAACAGGAUUCUCACUCUCGAGAGUUACAGCCAGACUUUUUGAACAUGAUUCCUGAAUUCCUUCGUCAAGAGAUUCUUGGACAAGAAGAGUCUUUCUCAAGGUUGGCAAGAGCAAAUGGCUUACAUGUUGAUGAGCGUGAUGCUGAAGAAUUUAGCGAUUUUGAGGAUGAUGUUGAUCGGAAUCACGAAGAAAAAAAGAAGGCGAAAAGAGUUCACUUUCCACCGUUAGUAGACAAGUGUGGUAUUGCUGCUAUAAUGAAAGCAGUAUUUAUUCCACAACCCUACCUAGCACGUGAGGUUUAUCAUGAAUUAUUUUUCCGUCUGUGUUCCAGCAAGCAGAAUAGGAGUGACAUAAUGAACAUGUUGAUACUAAUUUUAACUGAAGGUAUCAAUGACCAACUUUCAUUGGAAAAGGUCUAUGCCAUAUUAUCGAAUAGAGCCACAUCUAGUAAUAGUAAUUCUUCUAAAGUUACUCCACGUCAACUGCCUCCCGAUUGUACCCCGUUGAUUGUUGCUAAUCAAUGUAUUGAGAUAUUACAGAGUAUGGUAGACGCAGAUUCCAAGUUGAAGUAUUUCUUUAUAACGGAACAUGAGAGCUUAUUAAUCAACAAAUCUCCCUUGAAGAGUAAGGAUAUAUUUUCCAAAAAUAUGAAAUGGCCAAUUAAUUGUAUUUUGACAUUACUCGAGAAGAAGAUUAUCACUGAUGAAGCUGUUUUAAUGGAUUUGUUAACCAGAAUAUUGCAAGUUUGUUCAAAACCUAUUUCCAGUUUUGCGAAAACCUCUAACGAUAGCAAAAAGAAGAAGUUUGAGGUUCCCGAUAUCGAGAAGAAAUAUUUAAAGGCUAUUGUCUCUAUUAUCAAAUUGGAUUCUUGUAACACAAAGGUUUUUCAACAGACCUUGAAUCUAAUGACAAAUUUGUUUGUCAUAAAGGAUGCCCACGAAAUUUUUACUAGUGAGCUAUCAGCAUUAGCAAAAGAGACUAUCGGGGUUCUAGUUCAAGAUUUAGAUGUAUUGGCGAAAGAAAUUCCUACAGUACAAAGUGGCACUGAGGUGAAUUCAGAGAUUAUUCAAAAAUUCACUGUACCAAGUUCUGACCAGUCGAAGUUAUUAAAAGUUCUAACUGCUAUUGACUAUAUUCAUGUCAAUAAACGUAAAGAGGAAGAUGUCAAUGCUGAAUUCCUGAUGCCAUUGUACAACAAAAUGCAGUUAGGCGACAUUUGGGUUUCUUUAAGUAACUGUUUGACGAAAUUCGAAGAGAAGCCUAAGAUGUCAACUUCUGCUACAGUACUAUUACCAAUGAUAGAAUCGUUAAUGGUUGUCUGUAAACACAGUAAAGUAAGGGAGACUAAAGAGUUCCUAAAGUAUGAGGCCAAAAAAUGUAACUUUGCUGAAACACCUGUGGAGAACUUAUUUUUUGCGUUUACGGACCUUCAUAAGAAGUUGCUAAAUGAAAUGAUUCGCUCUAAUCCAAAACUUAUGAGUGGCCCAUUUUCACUUUUGGUGAAAAAUCCAAAGAUUCUAGACUUCGACAAUAAAAGGUACUAUUUCAACGUUCAGAUUCGCCCUACUAACCAAGAUCGCCCCAAGCUGUCAAUUUCAGUUCGUAGAGAGCACGUGUUUCUGGAUUCUUAUAGAUCAUUGUUUUUCAAAUCUAACGAUGACAUCAAGAACUCCAAAUUGGAAAUCACAUUUAAGGGAGAAGCCGGUGUUGAUGCAGGUGGUGUGACAAGAGAGUGGUAUCAGGUUUUAUCAAGACAAAUGUUUAACCCUGAUUAUGCCCUUUUCUUACCCGUUGCAUCUGACAAAACAACUUUUAGACCUAACCGAACUUCCGGUAUUAACCCUGAGCACUUAUCCUUUUUCAAAUUUAUUGGAAUGAUAAUUGGAAAGGCCAUUAGUGAUCAAUGUUUCCUGGACUGUCACUUUAGUCGUGAAGUUUACAAGAACAUUUUGGGCAAACCUGUGUCUCUUAAGGAUAUGGAAUCACUAGAUCUGGACUAUUAUAAGUCAUUGAUUUGGAUUUUGGAAAAUGACAUAACUGAUAUAAUUGAUGAAACAUUCUCAUUGGAAACUGAUGACUAUGGUGAACAUAAAACUAUUGAGUUGAUCGAAAAUGGUUCUAAUGUUGCCGUUACAGAGGCCAACAAACACGAUUAUGUGAAGAAAAUUGUGGAACACAAGCUUCAAACCUCUGUUAAAGAACAAAUGGAUAACUUUUUACAGGGAUUUUACGCUAUUAUUGGCAAAGACUUGAUUUCCAUAUUUGAUGAACAAGAACUUGAACUGUUGAUUAGUGGAUUGCCAGAUAUUGAUGUCGACGACUGGAGGAAUAAUACGACUUAUGUCAACUACACGAGCACUUGUAAACAAAUUAACUAUUUUUGGAGAGCUGUUCGUUCAUUUGACAAAGAAGAGCGCGCGAAGUUACUGCAAUUUAUUACUGGAACCAGUAAAGUGCCAUUAAAUGGUUUUAAGGAACUCAGUGGUGUUAACGGAGUUAGCAAAUUUUCUAUUCAUAGAGAUUAUGGCUCAACUGAAAGGUUGCCUUCAUCUCAUACAUGCUUUAACCAAUUAGACUUACCUGCAUACGACUCAUAUGAGACUUUAAGAGGCUCAUUAUUGUUGGCCAUUAAUGAAGGUCACGAAGGUUUUGGAAUUGCAUAG